UUUGUAUGUAAAUGUGUCCCUCUGUGUCUCUGUAACAUUUGUGGAAUUUCUAUUUUUUACUUGGCAAUGGGUUUUGGAUUUUUGAUUGAUGGUUGAUUAAAUACCAAAGACAUAGGGUUUAUUCUGAAAUGAAGCAAAUGGGUCUUGGAUUACGCGAUCUUGGAAUUUUGAUUUCCUGAAAAUUUUGAAAAGAUUCUUUUUUCUCCUAUAGAUUUCAUUUUGUGAUCAAUUGGAGAAUACUAUAAUUUCUUUAUAUUUACAGUACUUUACUCUUUGCAAGAUUACAAUUUUACGUAUUUAAUCAUGAGGUUGUGGGUUCGAUUACAAUAUAGUUUUCUUUGUGCUAUGAUGGCAAAUGUUAGGUCUAUUCCUAAUCCAUCCAUUCCAGCAGGAUUAGACUGGGAACGUAUUGAGUGGUUUGAAUUUUGUGGAAAAGGUUCUAAUUUGCGGCGUUGAUGAUGAAGAAUCUUGAGUGUUUUGCAAACAUUGCUCUAGCAGGUUUAACUUUGGCACCACUCAUGGUGAAGGUAGACCCAAAUUUAAAUGUCAUUUUGACUGCUUCCCUCACUGUUUUCGUGGGUUGCUACCGUUCUGUCAAGCCUACUCCACCUUCAGAGACAAUGUCCAAUGAACAUGCCAUGCGGUUCCCCUUGGUUGGGAGUGCCAUGCUACUGUCAUUGUUCUUGCUUUUUAAGUUUCUAUCGAAAGACUUGGUCAAUGCUGUGCUGACAUGCUACUUCUUUGUACUCGGAAUCGCCGCACUUUCGGCGACAUUGUUACCUGCAAUUAGUCGUUUUCUGCCAAAGCAUUGGAAUAAGGAUCUUAUAAGCUGGCGUUUUCCAUAUUUCCAUGCUUUGGAUGUUGAGUUCACAAGGUCUAUGAUUGUUGCAGCAAUACCAGGAACCUUUUUUUGUGCAUGGUAUGCUUCUCAGAAGCAUUGGCUGGCUAACAAUAUAUUGGGCCUCGCAUUUUGCAUUCAGGGAAUUGAAAUGCUUUCACUUGGGUCAUUUAAGACUGGUGCUAUACUUUUGGCUGGGCUUUUUGUAUAUGAUAUUUUCUGGGUCUUUUUUACCCCAGUAAUGGUUAGUGUUGCUAAAUCUUUCGAUGCUCCUAUAAAGCUUUUAUUCCCAACGGCAGAUUCUGCUCGCCCAUUUUCGAUGCUUGGACUAGGUGACAUAGUAAUUCCAGGAAUUUUUGUGGCAUUGGCAUUGAGAUUUGAUGUGUCCAGGGGAAAAGAGAGCCAAUAUUUCAGGAGUGCUUUUUUGGGAUACACAGUUGGUGUGGUCCUUACUAUCGUUGUCAUGAAUUGGUUUCAAGCAGCACAGCCCGCACUAUUAUAUAUUGUUCCGGCGGUAAUUGGAUUUUUGGCCACUCAUUGCAUAUGGAAUGGGGAAGUCAAGCCGUUGUUGGAGUUUGAUGAAUCUAAAACUACUAGCUCUCAAGAAGUUGAUGACAAAUUGAGCAAGAAAGUGGAGUGAGGUGAAAUGAAGAAAGAGAAACUGAUGCAGCUUGGUUAGAGACUUACAGUAAUACAAUUACCCAAAUUGUGCCAAGCAAAAAAAGAAAAAUUACCCACAUUGUGAACUCGAAAUGCCUUAAUGCUCAACUGUUGACAUACUUCCUUCCCCCCCCCCCCCCCC